AUGAGUGGAAAAUCGUCACAUUCAAGUAAAUCCCUCAGCUUCAAUGGCAUGGAAAGCUUCGAUGGUACCGACAAUUCUGCUCACCCGACCAACGAGAUCAAAGAAACACGCUAUGAUUUCUUCUUCGCAAAAGAGAACCCCUACGCGGACGUUGUAGAACGCCUUCGGAAAUACCAUGAUUUAUUCAAAUAUGGCAAGACACAGAAACCUGUCGCUGAAGGUUCGUUCUUAGAGAAAGCCUACAAUAUAGCAUCUAACAUUAUAGGAGGAAGUGAUACGGGAAGUAAUAUCAGCGUCGACAAGAUCAGGUCAUUUAGGAAAAACAUACCCAAGGAUGAGAUGAGGCAGGCGAAGCAGCUCUUGACCCAACAGAAGAAUUCGAAAACUUACAAAGAGUGGCUGAACGUCAGUGUAAAGUUGGAUGAGCUUUUAGGUAACAACGAGUGGAAAGAAGACCAAGAAUCAGAUUUGUAUGAUUAUGAAAUGGUGCGGAACCAGCUCAACGAGAUGCGGAGCGCAAGGGAACAAAAAGAUUAUAGGAAAAUGAUAUAUCUGAUUAGAACAUCCUGGAGAAGGAAUUUUGCCGGCAUCGACAAUGUCCAACUUUACCAACAUUGUUAUGUAGGUACGAAAAAACUCAUCGAGGACUACCUUGAAGAGUGCGAACAUUGCUUAGCAGAUUUGGUUUCUUCAGCUUGCUCUCUCGAUGACAACUACAUCAUGGAGAUGCUUAUACAGACCCGGAAGAACUACGGUCGAAUGGCUAUAACUAUGAGUGGAGGAGGAACUUUUGGCCUUACCGGUAUAGGCGUAUUCGCUGCAUUGUUUGAAAACGACAUUUUUCCAAAAAUGGUUUCAGGAUCUAGCUGCGGUUCGAUAAUGAGCGCCAUUGUAUGUUCAAAACACAGCGGAGAAGUGCUGAAGAUUUUGCAGCAUCUUUUUGAAGUGCAAUUUGAAGUUUUUGGCAACGAGGAGAAGCCAGAAACUGGGUUGAGCGUUUUGGGGAGGUUUUUGAAAUAUGGUGUCUGCUUUGACAACGAUAGGCUCAAGGAAACAAUCAAAAAUUUACUUGGAGAUAUUACAUUCAAGGAAGCAUAUAACAAGACUGGCCGAAUCCUAAAUAUUACUGUGUCUCCGGCUUCAAUUCACGACCAACCCACGCUAUUAAACUAUUUGACUGCGCCAAAUGUGCUGAUCUGGUCUGCCAUCUGCGCCAGUUGUUCACUUCCAUUAAUUUUUCAGCCUUCGACUAUCUACGAGAAGGAUUUCAAUACCGGAAAGAUACUCGAAUGGUCGAAUCCAAUGGUGAAGUUUGUAGAUGGCUCUGUCAAUGGGGAUUUACCGAUAACCAGAUUAUCAGAAAUGUUCAAUGUUAACCACGUGAUUGCUUGUCAGGCCAAUCCUCAUAUCUUACCUUUAGUGCGAUUUUCCAUGGAAUGCGACGACCACGGAGCUAGGUUAACAACAGGAUUGGUUCUUAAAAGGAUUUUAAAAUGGUCCUUCAAAGCAGCCUCAUUUGAAGUGACUCACUAUAUGGAUAUCAUGAACGAGGUGGGAUUUUUCCCCAAUGUUUGCACUAAAGUGAAACAGCUAUUUCUUCAACCCUACAGCGGAGAUAUCACCAUCUUACCGGAUAUUAGGUUGAAUAACUUAUCUGUUCUUUUCGCAAAUCCGACUCCCGACUUCAUAUGGGACUGCAUUAUUUGGGGAGCUAGGGCUACGUGGCCUCAGUUACGUAUGAUAAAGGAUCAUUGCUCAAUAGAAUUUUCCUUGGACAAGUACAUCGCAUUUCUGAAAUCAAGGAUGAUUACCAGAGCAUCCAGCAAGCAGAAGGCUAAGAGGCCCUGCACUCUACUUAACUGUGAUAAUCUUCCCUUAGAAGAGCAGGACUUUGAUGGUGCAAGAAAUAGGAGGGAGCAGAGGUUCCGCAGUCGAUCAGAGACAGUUUCAUGCUACUAUUUUCAAAGUGAACAGAGUACUCCUAAGAGAAAGCUUAGCGGUUCUCGCGGAAGCUUUGAAGGAGACACAUCUUUACCCCUAUUUGAAUCAACUCCAAAACUUGAGAAAAGGGCUACUAUGUUGACCUAUCAGCAACAAUCACAGUCUCGGCCACAGACACAACCACAACCACAAACAACUCCUACGAAAGUAAUCAGAAGGAUGUACUCCUCAUCGGCCAUGCCACUACGCCAAGUGAACGCUCAGGCCUACCAACUGCCGGAGCUAGUCGCAUCCUCUAGUAAUACCUCUGCCAAAGGUAGAAGGCAUUCUUCUGAAUCGAACCUUCGGAUACCCAAUCAAAAAUAUGAUGAUGUGCUCGACUAUUAG